ACCGUGCGCGAAGGUCACGUGGUUCUAUGUUUUUCAAAGAUGGUGGAAAGGACAGACGGGCUUCGGCCUUCGUUCCUGUUUAUUCUCCUUUUCUGCGUCCAGACUGCGGUAUUCGCUCAGCCCGAGGUCAUCGGCCUGGCCCCCGUCGACCCCACGGCCACCACGGUCGACGGCAGGGCCCAGGUGGUGGCGGAACUGUCCACGAAGCUGCGAGUGUUCGGGUCGAACCUGACGCGCUCAACUUGGCUGUCCUUUGCGAAGAGACCCGACGUGAAGGGAGCACCGUGCAACGACUGGCGGAAAUCGGAACCCUUCCCUCUCCUUCCAGAGGACUUCUCCGACACCGUGGCUCUUGUCAGCGUCACGGUCAAGUUGCUUGAGCAAGGUGAAGUGUACUUCUUAUGCGUCAAAGUCGACGACGACCCGCUCGAACCUUGGUUUUACCAGGGGAACUCCACGUCCCUUCAGCUGGACACGAAAGCACAGGAAGUGGAGUCGACCCUCCUGCCUCUGUGGUUACAGGUAAUCUUCAUCAUCAUUCUCCUGUCAUUAUCCGGCCUCUUCAGUGGCCUGAACCUAGGCCUUAUGGCACUGGAUCCCACGGAGUUAAAGAUCGUGCAAAAUGUCGGGAACGAAAACGAGCGGGAAUACGCGCGGAAGAUAGCCCCCUUGAGAGCUCAUGGCAACUUGUUACUGUGUACCCUGCUCCUGGGAAACGUGCUGGUGAACAACACGUUGACUAUAUUGCUUGAUGACCUCUCAUCUGGGCUUAUAGCUGUGAUAGGUGCGACCGCGGGGAUCGUCAUUUUUGGCGAGAUCGUGCCCCAGUCGGUGUGCUCCCGCCAUGGUCUCGCCGUUGGCGCGAGAACUAUAUGGAUCACAAAGUUCUUCAUGCUCCUGACGUUGCCUGUGGCAUACCCCAUCAGUAAGGUUCUGGACUGGGUGCUGGGGCAGGAGAUCGGCACGGUGUACAGCCGAGAAAAGCUCCUGGAGCUGAUGAAGAUGCAGCACCAGUUUCAGGAGAUCGAGAAACACGAGAUCAACAUCAUCUCGGGCGCUCUGGAACUGCGCCAGAAAACCGUGACGGACAUCAUGACUCCGUCCGAACAGUGCUUCAUGCUGGACAUAGAAGCCAUCCUGGACUUCGACACCAUGUCGGAGAUCAUGAAACAGGGUUUUACGCGGAUCCCGGUGUACGAGGGAGAGCGUGACAACAUUACGGCCCUGCUGUUUGUGAAAGACCUGGCGUUCGUGGACCCCGACGACUGCACGCCGCUGAAGACCAUCAUCAAGUUCUACAAUCAUCAGCUAACGUGGACGUUUGCAGACACCACGCUAGAUGUCAUGUUGGAGGAAUUUCGGAAAGGUCAUUCGCACAUGGCGUUUGUUCAGCGCGUGAACAGCGAGGGGGAAGGAGACCCGUUCUACGAGAUGAUCGGUGUGGUCACGCUGGAAGACGUGAUUGAAGAGAUCAUCAAGGCAGAGAUUGUGGAUGAAACCGACAUCUACAUUGACAACAAGUUCCAGAAUAAGGUUCCAAACCGUCGGGUGCUGCAAGAUUUCUCAGCCUUCCGUCCAGCAGACGAGAAGCCCAAGAUCUCCCCUCAGCUCAUGCUGGCAUCAUUCCAGUACAUGGCUACAUCGAUCGAUCUUUUCAAGCCGGAGCUGAUCUCAGAGACCGUCCUGCGGCGGCUGCUCCAGCAGGAUGUUGUAGUGGACCUGAAGCUGAAGGUGGAGCAGAAGGACUCCACCUCCAACAACAUCUACACCAACGGCAAGCCGGCAGACUACUUCGUGCUGAUCCUGCAGGGCCGAGUGGAGGUACGGGCGGGGAAGGAGGGGCUCACCUAUGAGACGGGGCCCUUUACGCAUUUCGGCGAGGCCGCCAUUGUUGCUUCUGAGCAUACAGGCAACACGCCCAGCCCAGAAACGCCUGCUGACAGAAGCAUAGCUAGUUGUCCCGCUGGUAUCAAUAAGUGUUUGUUCCAACACAACGCAGAGCGGGAAACCUCACCUAAAAGUGCUGCAUGUCUCCGUAAACAACAACAACAACAACAAUCUGCACCUUCCACCACUAACAACAACAAACCCUCUCCUGGCACUGUCUCUGGGCAGUCUAACACCACUCCGCAGCACCAAGGCCGACGAGCCUCCGCUCUGUCCACGCUGUCGGCCGCUUCUGCCUCCAGCUUUGCCUUCCCCAUCCCACUUCCAAAACUCGUGGAGUCUGCACGCACCCACGACAGACGGCAGAGUAUAGGCGCUUGUUGUGCCAACAAGGGAGGCGGACAGACGCCAGAGGAGGAACCUCUCCUGAAGCAAGCUCUGACACCUACUCUGGUGUCUAAGUUUGGCUUUGCCAGUAAGAAUGGGAAACAAGAUGACAAUCCAAGGAGGGGAUUUAGUUUUACGAGGAAGACUGACAAGGACAAGAAAGCACAAAAAGGCUUGAAGAGUAUAGUGAACCAGCCCCAGAUUGGCAUCUCCAGUAGCCAGAGCCUGGUGUACGUCCCUGACUACUCCGUGCGUGCCGUCACCGAUGUGCAGUACAUCCGGAUCCGCCGUGCCCACUACAUGGCGGCGCGCCAGGCCACGCUGCUGGAGCGCCAGCCGCGCACUCCCGCGGAGAGCGGGUCGGAGGACCACUUCAGGAAGGAGUGGGAGAAGGCCACCUGGCACCACGGCAGCCACAAGAGCAGCCUGCACAGCCUGCACAAGGGGAGUAACCCCAGCCUGUCCCCCGAGAACCACGUGUUCCUCACCCCGGGGAGCCACCCCAGUCUGUCGCCGGGCGCACAGCCGCCGAUACUCCCUGCAGCGCUCCAGCGCGGCAGCGGUCGUUCCGACAAGAACGUCACGGCCGAGAAUGUUCCGCUCCUGACGAGAGACUCUCCUAACUCCUCUGCUACCGGGUCCCGGGCAGACUUGGAUGUGGAGAGCGGUCGGACUCCAAACGGGGAGGUUUCUCCCAGCGCCGCCGACGCGGCAGAUAGUUCUGUUGACAUCUCCAAGGAAACGGCUUGCUGACAUCAGGAGACAGUUCCAGUUUCAAGCCACCCUCGACCCUACAGCGGUGUGUUAUAACACAUGCAGAAGUCUAGAUUAGAUAGUUCAGUCAGUGUUUCAUGGAGUACAUUACAAGUUCUAUAGUCAAGUUAAACACCAACAAAAGGUUUAGGUCUGUUAGUCACAAGAUGAAGACAUGCAUGCAAAAUAUACUUUUGAUAACUUGCUUAAUAUACCAAUGUAGGCAAGGAAGUUAGGACAGAGUUUGACAAUUUACGCUACCAUUUUAGGACCUAUAGUAUAAGAUUGGGCCCCAGUCAGAAGCAAAGACAACAGAUUAGAUCAACUUCAUACAACAUGUUGUGUACAGGUAUAUCUCCUUGGCUUGUCUAGCGGAUGUCAGGAAACUGUGGCCAGACUGGUGACCACCAUGCGUAAGAAAUGAUUAUCAGAUCAAGAACUAAUGAAGAAUCUUCCAACUAAAAUCUUGUGGCACCUGUGGAUAGUAGAUGGAAGGAAACUUAAAGAACUAGAGUUGAGGGGACAGACAAUCUAGUCACAGAAAGAACAUCUGUGCUCGUAGUUUCAUCAAAUUGGUUAGUCAUAGGAUAUUAAGAGUUCCUGUACACAACCACCUUCUUCUCUGCCGAUGUUUAGGAGUAGCUCUAGUGAUUAUUUCCCUUUUAUUUCCUGUUCACACCAUUCUUGUCGGUUGACAAACUCAUGUCUACACAGUGGUGCCAGGCUCGCCUAUUCUAGCCACUGGAAUGAUAUUUAACCAGGUUAUGGAGUGACAUGUUCAACAUUUGGUAAUUUUCCUGAUGUGUUCACUUCACUUUCAGACUCUUGUGAGAUCUCAUUGUUGUCGUCAUACAGAAACGUUGUUCAUUUUGUGGUUAUAUUGACACUUGCCAAAUCAGAGAGUUGACUUGCGGUGUAACCACUCAAUGAAUGACUCUGUGUCAGGACAAGGUAUAGUAGAAAUGGUUUUUCAUGUUAGAAGGGCAUAUGUAGGUCCUGAUUGUUAAAUGUAGACAAAGGUGGGUAGGAACAACUGUCUAUGAAUACCCUAGUAGUUGGUAAAGUAAUUCAACAAUCUUCUUAGGUACCUAUCCUUAUACUCUUUCUCAACAGCUUCUCUGCUGAUUUUUACCAGGGCAAAGUGAACUUUUGUUUUUGUCGUAUUGUGACGUAAUUAUCAUGACAAGGAUGCGCUUUCAAAUGGGACUAUCCUGCAUUGCUCCUUGUGAUAAUUAUGUCCCAAUGCAACCUGGAGAAAGAUCACUUUGCCCUAUAUGGACGUAGCAGAACAGCUGCCAAAAUGUCAAUAAAGAAAGAAUAUGAAGAUGUAUGCCUAAGAAAUCAAUGUUGAAAGGAACACCAAUGUUACGUUUCUUGGUUCAUGAAAUUAGAUUGAUGAGUCAAUGUGUGCAAUAAAGACAUAGGAUGAGAAUGCAGCAAUUAUUGUAAAAGAUGAUAAUAGAGUUAUUUAGUUUUGUAAAAUAAAAAUCUUAUGAACCCACUGGUAUUUACAUGUACCUGUGUGAGUGUAGAAAUUUGAAAAGCUGUAUGUACAGCUUGUACAUGUACAAUGUACAUUAGUUAUGCAGUAUCCAAGUUUGAUAGUGUGAAUAUGGAUAAGAGAUUUACGUGUGAAAUCGUUAAAAAAAGAGUACAUGGAUUUACAUCAUGUAUGCAUUUUUGUUUGUAUUAACAUGUUAUUUGUUUUUCUUUUGCAAAAACAAUUUAGAUCUGUAAUUUUGGAAAGGAUACUAUGUAUACAUGUAUAUGGAUGUUGAGUUUGAGCUUUUCUUUUUUGUCAGAAUUUUGGAUAUCAUCUUGUUUCUUAAUGCAUCACCUGACUUCACAGUGAAAGGGUGUGUGGUUUUAGUGGUACAGCAAAUGGAGUGUAAAACCUCUUUGGAAACUGUUGGAAUUUCAGUAGCUUUUCAAUUUGUGUAUAUUGCAAAAAAAUGCUUAUAUUUGGCAGAAAAUACAAUUGGCUGUAUACUGCUUUCUCUUUGUUUAAUAUCAUCCUUAAGCUUUUAUCAUCCUUUUAAAAAAACACACACAAAACAAACGUGUGGCUCAAACACAUGAUUUGUUGGUCAUUUUUUUGGUCAAUAUUAAAAAGUUUAAGCAAAGAAGUCACAUAUGUCAACUUCACUGUGAUUGUUCAGUUGCUACUGUGACCAAUCAGAAGCCUGUGCUUAAAGUAAGUCGUACUGUAAUUGGUCCAUUGCAAGUGACGCAUCCUGAUAGGUCAGUUGCUACUGGCCAAUCAGAAGUCUGUGCUAUAUUGUGGCUUGAAAUGAAGUGUAAGAAACUUUGGUGGAGAAAUGAGAGAGUAAAGUGCCUGAACUAUAGGCUAUGCUUGAAGAUGACGUGACGUCAAUUUGGAGGAAGCUGCUAUUAUGAUUGUAGGAAGUUAUAUGUGAGACUUUAUCAUUAUUAUACAUUUCGUUGGAAAUAUAAGAAAGAACAUGGUAUUUCGUACAGUUGUAUUGUACACAAUUGUAUUUUCCAAAGCUUUGUGACAGAAGUUGGAACAAUAAUACACAGAGAUGUUGAUAGAGAAUGGAGUAGGAUUUGAGUCUAUAUUAGUGGAGAAAUAUUUUGAUUCAACAUUAGAACUAGAUAUUGUACAAAGAUAGGAGUAGGACAGGAACAGGAGAAAUUCAUGUGCAUAGACAUUAUGCACUGAUGAUUCUGUGGUUGAUGCCAACACUUCUCAUGUAUUUGCAGACUGUCAACGUUCAAUGUAGAACUUAACAGCCCUGUACUUCAUACACAGUUUGAUACAUAACGUUAUGUUUCCCACAUAGACAUAUUAUGUACAGCUACAUAGGGUGUGCACAUUUUGUACAGUCAAUGCACAAAAUGUACAUGAAGAAGAAGAUUGCAUUCUUGUUGAAACAGCAUUUAGAUCAGUUAUACAUGUGUACUGCUUUUUAUUGACUUUGUUCUGGUUAUGUUGUGCAUGUAAGAAUGUCCAGACAUUGUUUUGACAUAUAUUCUGGUUCUACUAACAAUCACAUAGAAUGAUGUUGAAUACCCAUGGCCAGAACUUGGAAGUGGAGCCAACAUUUGUUCAUUUGUUUCGUUACUAGUUCACACAAACUGUAAGUUUAUAUUUUCUCAUCUUCUGUAAGAUACUGUAACAAAUGAUUUAGAAUGUUAUACCAAAAAUUAUUGUUUUGAUUUUGUACACUGUUAUGAUAAUUUGUUGUGAUUUUGAUAUGUUGUUGUGUUAUUCUGGAUGAGAUAUCAGAGAUACUGUCAAAGUGUACCCUUAUUCUGCUGUUGCAGAAGAUUAAAGUUGGUUUCUAUAUCAAAGUUA